AAGCAGUGCGAAAAACGAGAUCCAUGUCCACCUGAGUACUGUAACCAUGGAGGAAGGUGUUCGAGCAACGGGACAGGCUUUGAGUGCGUUUGCCCUCUUGGGUUUGAUGGACCACAGUGCGAGCACGACAUCAACGAGUGCGACUCAUCGCCAUGUGCCUUUGGGAAAUGUGUGAAUACGGUAGGUUUCAGAGUAGACUUCAUGAUGAAUGGCCCGCCCAGAGACCAAACUGCACCAACGAUGGAUCGCUGUGAAUGUUCACACGAGUUCGUUUUUGUCGGUGUCAAGCUCAUUUUUUACGACCAGUGGUACGUUGCGCGUCCACCGAUCCGGCUUUGUCUUUCGGGUAACACACCGCCGACAUUCACACAGACACACACAGCGAACAGUGGAGAUGAGAGGACAAACGCGCAAUUUACCACGAGUGAUUGCGCACCGCAGCGCAUGGGCUCAUACCGGUGUGAAUGCGAUGAGGGCUUCAUCGGAAGGGACUGUCAAAUUUAUCGUAGCGGUUUCGAGUGCUCAUCGAAUGGCCCGAAUGUCUGCCGUAAUGGAGGAGUUUGUGUGUCUGACGAGAUCAACAACAACAAUGCUUGCAUUUGUCCGCCAAUGUAUCAA